GCAUCGUCUAAACGGGUAUGCGGGAAAAUAAUUACUCUAUCUCUCGUUCCGAGUGAGUUGUCUUGUUCGUCAGCGCGGAGGGCGAUUCUACACUUCUGUAUCACAAGCACCUAUGUGUUAUGGCUCUACCAGGUGUGAAUAAGGAUAAUAUAAGAGCGGGCUGUAAGAAGUGCGGAUAUCCUGGACAUCUAACAUUUGAAUGUAGAAAUUUCCUUCGAGUGGAUCCACAGAGGGACAUAGUUUUAGAUGUCAGUAGCACUAGCAGUGAAGAAAGUGAAGAGGAGAAUGAAGUAGCAGAAAAAUCUCAAGCUUCAGAUAAAAAGAAAGUUAUUGAAGUUGAAAAGAAAAAGCAAAAGAAAAAAAAAGAAAAAGCAAAACCCAAAAAGCACCGGAAAAGAUCACAUUCGUCAAGUGAAUCUGAGGACGGUCCUAAGUCAAAGAAGAAAAAGACACAAAAGAAAGAAAAAAAAUCAAGAAAAGGAAAGCACAGCAAAAAAGACAGAAAGAAAAGGAAACGCGAGCACCAUUCUUCCUCCUCCUCAACUUCUAGCAGCUCUGGAUCUCCCAGUAGUGACUAAAUUGCAGUUUUCCUGUUAUAAUGAAUAUAAAGUGUCUAACCUGCCAAGCGUAAAGGGAUCAUAAUUGAUGUAAUUAUAUAAAUGAUGGCUUUAUUGAAGAUUUUAUUUUAUCAAAUAUACUGCUGUUAGCUUUAAAACUGUGAUGGACUCCAGUUUCUUUUAGUUGCUUGCAUUUAUACAGUAAAAAAAAAAAUAUAUAUAUAUAUAUAUAUAUAUGUCCGAGAAAGUGAUUCUGAUUUACUGUACUGUGAACUAGCUUCUUACCUUUUAUACAACAAGGAUAAUAAAACAGAGGAUAACUUUAAUGUUAUACAGAUUACUUUUCCUGCUGUGGAGAACUUAUUUUACCCUCUUUGGUUCUGUAUAAUGAUUUCAAAUAUAUAAUGACACCACUUAAGUUUUAUGCAAUAAUGUUCACCAUAUUAUCUUUUAGCUUUCUAUUCAUUAGAAACAAACCUGUAAAUACUUUGCAGGUCAUAUGUCUCUCCAGUUGUUACAUGUAUAAAAUAUAUUUUAGAACAUAUUAAUUCCCGUUUUGCGAUAUGGUUUGCUUGUAUUAACAUAGUUAUAAACGCCAGGUUCAAAGCAACAACACUACAGAUUAUUUACAUUGGUUAGAGACAGUAGUAAUAAUGCUAGAAGCAAUCUCUCACAGGAUUAAAAUUGGCUUGAAUAUUUAAAUGUGUUUCCAUUGGCUAAUAGAGACAGUCAGCUAAGAAGUGGAGCAAACCUGAUAAAUUAUGUGUUAUUUCUGUUAAACUUCCCGUUUAUGUGCAAGUACUGAUUGGCUAUAUCUGUUUUGUAUAUUUUGACUAGACUGGAGUUUCUAGAAAACUUCAGGCUCUCUGAACCCUUACAUAUACCCCUUCCCUUCUUGUCAGCAUCAGUUCUGCUUAUACCUAUUUUAAUUUAGCAUUGUAGACUGUAGUCCUGUCUGAGGGCUGGUUUUAGUUUUAGUAUUUUGAUUCCUCUUGGUACCAAACACUCAUUACUGUAAGGGCCCAGUUUUCACUUGACUUCCAUCAUUGCUGCCAUUGUGUUACUAUCAUGCAGUAACUCUGUCAUACAAAAGUAUUCCCUAAAUUGCUCUUGGCUUUAACCCUUUGGCUGUUCAACCCCUUAACCAUAUGUAAGAUUUCAAAUUAUUUUGUAUAGCUUAAUUUUUACUGCUUUUUUGCUACCCUUUUUUACCCUGUGCUCAAUUGUCUUAUUUUACUCUAAAGACUUGAUGUUCAUCAGAUUACGUGUCCCGUUUCAUUCAUUUAUUAUUGUUAUUUCACUGUCCUGUUUCCAUUCCUUAUUUUACACUAGACAGUCAAGUCCAAAACAAAUUUUCAUUAUUCAGAUAGGGCAUGUAAUUUUAAACAAUUUUCAAAUUUACAUCUAUAACCAAAUUUGCUUUGUUAUAUUGGUAUUCUUAGUUGAAAGCUAAAUUUAGGAGGUUCAUAUGCUAAUAUCUAAGCCCUUGAAGGCCGCCUCUCAUCUCAGGGCAGUUUUGACAGUUUUUCACCAUUAGAGGGUGUUAGUUCAUGUGUUUCAUAUAGAUAACACUGUGCUCACGCACGUGGAGUUCCUAGGAGCCAGCACUGAUUGGCUAAAAUGCAAGUCUGUAAAAAGCACUGAGAUAAAGGGGCAGUCUGCAGAGGCUUAGAUACAAGCUAAUCCCAGAGGUAAAAAGGGUAUUAAUAUAACUGUGUUAUUCUGGUGUAGACGGUCCCUUUAAGUAAUUAGGUAAAAGCUAAUAAACAUAAUUAGAUUUACGGUCAUUAGCCAUAUCAUCUGCAUGCAUACAAGCCCUCCAGUAAGGUAAGAACAACACAGUAUCGUUCUGUGCAUUACUGACUCUAUUAUCUGACAGUGUAACCAAAAUUAAAUGGAGGUAAACAAUACUAAGUGAACAAGGAAUAAACCUUUAAGAAACUCUCCCUAAUGUUCAGAACAUCUGCCAGUUUGGAAUAGGACAUAAUUGAGAAAUCUGCUUUAAACCAUAUUUGGGACUGGCAACUCUCUGCUCUGUACAGUUUUUCAUAAGAACAUGUUUGUGCAAUAAAUUGAUUUAUAACUUUGUUAAA